AUGAGAGCAGAAAACCAUACAAGCACAUCACAAUUCCUCCUCCUGGGCCUCUCAGAAAAUCCUAAACUGCAACCCUUUCUCUUUGGACUGUUUCUGUCUACUUACCUGGUUACAGUACUUGGGAACCUGCUCAUCAUCCUGGCUGUCAUCUCAGACUCCCACCUCCAUAGCCCGAUGUACUUCUUCCUCUCCACCCUGUCCUUUGUGGAUAUCUGUUUCACUUCCACCAUGGUCCCAAAGAUGCUGGUGAAUAUCCACACACAGCAUAAAGGCAUCUCCUAUUCAGAGUGCCUCACUCAGGUAUAUUUUAUUAUGAUUUUCAUUGGAAUGGAUAAUUUCUUACUGACCAUCAUGGCUUAUGACCGCUUUGUGGCCAUUUGUCACCCUCUGAACUACAUGGUCAUCAUGAACCCUCGCCUAUGUUGCCUCCUGGUUCUGAUUUCUUGGUUCAUCAUCUUCUGGGAUGCACUGCUUCACCUUCUACUGGUACUGCAUCUGACGUUUUCUAGAGGUACUAAAAUCCCUCAUUUUGUCUGUGAGCUGCCUCCACUUCUCAAGGUGGCCAUCUCUGAUACCAGAAUUAAUAAUGCUGUGUUGUUUGUAACAAUUGCCCUCCUGGGUAUGUUUCCUUUCACCGGUAUCCUCUUCUCUUACUCUAAGAUUUUCUCCACAGUAAUGGGGAUGUCUUCCAAAGCAAGCAGGUAUAAAGCGUUUUCCACCUGUGGGUCUCACCUCUGUGUGGCCUCCUUGUUCGAUGGAACAGGAAUUGCAGUAUAUCUCAGUUCUUCUGUAACUCAUUCUUCCCAGGGAAGCACAGUAUCCUCUGUGAUGUACACUGUGGUCACCCCUAUGAUGAACCCUUUCAUCUACAGCCUGAGGAACAAAGACGUGAAGGGGCCCUGGGAAGACUCCUCAGCAGAACAGGCUCUUGUCUUUGAUGGUCCAAUAUCUUUAGUACUGAAUUAG